AUGGCAGCCCAAACACUGCCCGCCUCCGGGGCUGCCGUGACGUUCAAUACUCAGCGCACGCGUGCAUAUCUCCUUAAGCUGCCACUUUUCACAAGAGCCACGGUGCUAAUCAUUGUCCUGACAUGGGUUCUGACGUGGGUCGGCAAGUCAUGGAACUGGGACGUCAAGACGUGGGGCGCGCUGAUACCGGACGAGAUUGGUAUUGCGACGUUAUAUCGCAUCAACACAUUCCCCUUCAUCCACCUGAACAUCUUCCACACAAUACUCAACAUUGUCGCCUUUACACCUCUUCUCGAGCGGUUCGAGCAUGAACAUGGUACUUUGACCUCUGUGGCGCUCUUUUUUGGCCCAUUCGCAACGAUACCGGGCCUCAUCUACGUCUUCAUCGAAAGGUUCAUCCUUCACGCCAACACGCCAGUCAUGGGAGCCAGCAUGUGGGUGUUCCUGCUGCUGGGCAUGGAAGCUAUUCGCACCUACAAGACCAAUCCCUACUUCACCAUCAGCACCUACAACAUUCCUACGUGGAUCACUCCUUUGUUGUUGGUGGUGGUUACUGCUGCGUUGCUGCCGAGUUCGAGCUUCCUCGGGCACUUGGCCGGUCUGCUUGUCGGUUAUGGGUUCGGCCUAGGAUACCUCAAGUUCCUCGCCCCUCCUGAAUGGGCGUUGCGGUUCAUCGAAGGAAAGCUCAACCUCUUGGGCAGACUGCCUCACUACGUCAGCGUGGAUCAGAAGACUUUUGGCAGAUUCGGUGUCCUCCCUUCCUCUGCCUCAUCAGCCGAGGCUGGCAUUCCGUUUUCCGGGGUCUCUGGUGGCCAGCGGUUGGGACCUUGAAAGAAAUACGGGUUCCCGAAAUAUGGCGUACAUUACGUGCAUGAGCAGAAGAGCAUAAAAGUAUGAAAUGGUGCAUACGAGGCAUGCGUGUCAUGAAUAAUGGAUAUAGAAAGGAACUUUACUGUUAAUGUAUGAUGCUGUACAACUAAAUAUAGGGCCGGGGGAAAAUGGAGAUGGUAGUUGCAUGGCGUUCUCUGGAUAUGAAUCGAAUUUCCUCUUGGGAUUU